CGCUCGAGUCGUCACGUCUGUCGUCUUGAGAUCCAUUUCGAAGAUUUUGAAGUCGGCGUCGAAGACAUGGACCACAAGUACUGUUCCAAUGGUUUCGUAGAGAUUGAAGGCAUUAAAUAUUGCGGCCGAAGGAAAGGCGAGCGAAUUGUUGUCGACUUCGGGACUGAAAAACAGGAAAUUAACAUAAGAUUUCAUACGGAAUCCGCUGUCCGUUACGGCGGUUUUAAGAUACAGGCGCGACAACUGGACAACAAUUGCGAUCAUCAUAACUCUAUUCCACACGAAUUCAGUCCCGGAUCCACUGAAUCGUGCAGUAAAAUGCAUUUCAGUGAAAAAUCGUUGCAAAUUCUGAGCCCACACUACGAUAGCGGCAGUUAUCAGCCAUUCCUGGACUGCGAGUACACCGUCCGGAAGUCCACUUCCAAUAUCUGUGCCCUCGAAGUGAAGUUCGAUGCGUUCGCUUUGGAGGAAUCGAAGGCCUGUUAUAAGGAUUACUUGCAAAUCGGAGAAAUGAGACUCUGCGGCAAAUUGCCGUUUGCGGCCACACGCACAUAUGAAUUCAAAAGUGACGAAAUUGCCAUUAAAUUUCACACCGAUGCCAAUGGAAGUGACGCUGGAUUUGUGAUUAUGGUCAAACAGAUUCAGUGUUAAAUUAAUUUAUACAUUCAUUUAUAAUAUAUUUUAAAAAAGUAAAAAUAAAAUAAUAGUUUUCCAAAUUGUUAGGACAGUAACUUAUUGCCAAUUUUGUACAUUUGCAUUGCAACUGCAAAUCAUUCCCUUAUUAUAUACAC